GGGCGGUGACGCCGCGCGGGCCCGCGUGUGAGGGGGAGCCAAGAUGGCGGCGGCCUGAGGGGAGCCAUGGCGGGGGCGGCGCGGCGGCUGCUCCGCAGGGGCUUGGGCGUGGCGGCGGGGCCGCCGAGCACCCGCCAGCUGAGGGAGGCUGAGGAGGCCGCCCCGGUGUUCCAGUACGCGGGGAAGGCGGCCAAGCGCAAGGACCGCGUGUUCGUGUGGGGCUUCAGCUACUCGGGCGCCCUGGGCGUCCCCAGCUUCGUGAAGCCGGACGCGGGCUGGAAGAAGCCGCGGCGCAUCCAACCCACGCCGUACCGCCUGGAGACAGAGGAGAAGAUCUCCUCUGCUGCCUGCGGUUAUGGAUUCACACUGCUGGCUUCUACUACCAGAGACAUCACCAAGGUGUGGGGCAUGGGGCUCAACAAGGAUUCCCAGCUUGGAUUCCAGAGAAGCAGAAGAGAUCAAACUAAGGGCUAUGAGUAUGUCCUGGAACCCUCUCCAAUUCCAUUACCACUGGAGAAGCCACAGCAGACUCGAGUGUUGCAGGUGUCCUGUGGGAGAGCUCAUUCCCUGGUCCUGACAGACAGUGAAGGAGUUUUCACAAUGGGAAACAAUUCUUAUGGACAGUGUGGCCGGAAGGUUGUUGAAGAUGAAAUUUACAGUGGAAGCCAUCUCAUUCACCAGCUGAAGGAAUUUGACAGCAGAGUUGUCCAGGUUGUGUGUGGGCAGGACCACAGUCUGUUUAGAACCAAGAAGGGUACAGUCUAUGCCUGUGGAUGGGGAGCUGAUGGACAAACAGGUCUUGGACACUAUAACAUCACCAGUGUCCCUACUAAGCUGCAUGGUGACAUUGCUGGAGUGAACAUUAUCCAGGUCUCUUCCUAUGGGGACUGUUGUCUGGCUGUUUCAGAUGAAGGAGAUGUCUUCGGUUGGGGAAAUUCAGAAUACUUGCAGCUGGCAUCUGUCACAGAAACCACACAGGUGAAUAUUCCCAGGCAUUUGCCAUUCAAGAUUGGGAAGGUAAAGGAGGCUGCCUGUGGAGGGACUGGCAACGCUGUGCUGACAGAAGAAGGAAAUGUUUUUGUCUGGGGAUAUGGAAUUCUUGGGAAAGGACCAAACCUAGUAGAGACAGCAGUGCCAGAGAUGAUCCCACCCAGCCUUUUUGGCUGGUCAGACUUCAGCCCAGACGUCCGUGUUGCUCAUGUUCGCUGUGGACUCAGCCAGUUCGCAGCACUUACAAACAGAGGAGAACUGUUUGUGUGGGGCAAGAACCUAAGAGGGUGUCUUGGAACUGGAAGAAUGGAAGACCAAUAUUUCCCAUGGAGAGUGACGGUGCCCGGCGAGGUGGUGGAUGUGGCGUGUGGAGUGGAUCACAUGGUCAGCAUGGUCAGGUCUUUCACCUAGGCAUGCUGCUGGGUCUCAGCACUGUGCCAGGGCUGUGCAGGGGCCUGGUGAGCAGCUGCUUGGAAAGGAGAACUCAUUCUGUGAACCCAGUGACUGUGAGCAAAACCAGCCAUAGCAGUGUGGGCUGCAUCGCUGAAGGGCUCUGGCCUGGCUGCAGGAAGGCAGCACGUUCCCCAAGGAGCAUGGAAAUGCAGGGAGUGCUCUGGCGCCUUCGUGAUGAGCUCCCAGAGAGUCUGAGACCCAGCCCCAAGCUGGUGAACCCCUCUGUGCAGAGGAUGAAGAGCAUCUCCCUUACAGAAGACUGGCAUGGGAUGAAAUCUACAGCACAGGACAUUGAUAUAUGGACACUUCCUGUCACCAGCUCUGGAGUGUCAGUGUUGGGCAGAGCCAAACUAUUUUUCAUGGGAAAAGUUGGGGGUUUUUUAUUACUGUUAUGUGGAAAAGAGGUCCUGCUAGGUCUUGGAGCCCAGCACAGCUGUCCUGGGUGGCCACCCUCAGCUGCACUGUGCCCAGGCUGUUGUCUUGUACACAAACUGGAUGCACAGCCCUUGCCUGGAGGCACUGAUGUGUCUCUGGGCUGUUGGAGGCUUUCUGUGUUAGUACUAAAGACUGAACACCAAAGGAGCACAUUCAAAGAGUGCAAAGCUCUUUGCAGGGGUAAGUACUAUUAAAUAAGACAGCAGCUCUCUGUGCUGCAAUAAGACAGAUGGGUGGUGACAGAAGCCAGUCUAGCUUAUUGAGGGAGGCUGGGAACAAAGCCCCUGAUCAGCUGCCUGCAAAAUCAGUGCUCAGGCAUGGAUGUGAGCAGUGCUCACCACCCCUCAGGUACCUUUGUCUCCUUGUGCUGAUCACACAUCACUGCCUUUGAUUUUUUUCUUGAUUCCCUACACUCUUUCUGUUUUCAGGGGUACAGUGGCUCUCAGUUGCAAUUAGCUGGGGAUUUCAGGAUUGCCUAACAGGGGAAGGAGUCUUAAUGGGUAAGAAGCAGAGCUUCAUUCCUUGGUGCCUUAGCAGUAAACUGAUAGAGAUGGGAUGCAACAGCGGUGCAGAUCUGUAGCAGGCACUUACCCAGACUCAUGCAAGUGUGGGAAACUGUCUCCUGUGAAACACUCCAAACAUCAGGCAGAGUUGUCUCUUCUCUCUGUGUGGGCUACUUCUAGUGUGCAAACUAUUUUGGUGGAAUCCAAGCUAGUAGGUUUUCAAUAAAGUGAUUAUAAAAUCUU